AUGGACGAUUUUGCUGCUAUAAGAGGAGCUGGGCAGAAAUCGAGCAGAAAUCGGUGCUUUUUGGAGAGUUUAACGCCUUCAAAGCCAAAUGCCAAGCGCUUGGGUUCUUCGGCUUUCAAAAAGUCGCUCACCUCGGAGUUGCCAGGUUCUUCCGGACAGCCGGGCUCCCAGACCAUAAAGAAGGGGCACAGAGGAGUGGAUUCCACGGGGGAGACCACCUACAAGAAGACAACCUCAUCGGCCUUGAAAGGUGCCAUUCAGCUGGGCAUCACCCACACCGUGGGCAGCUUGAGCACCAAGCCUGAGAGAGACGUUCUCAUGCAGGAUUUCUACGUAGUAGAAAGUAUUUUCUUCCCAAGCGAAGGCAGUAACCUGACGCCAGCUCAUCACUACAACGACUUCCGUUUCAAGACCUACGCGCCGGUGGCGUUUCGCUAUUUUCGGGAGCUGUUUGGGAUCCGGCCGGAUGACUAUCUGUACUCGCUCUGCAACGAUCCCCUCAUUGAACUCUCCAACUCUGGCGCCAGCGGGUCCCUCUUCUACGUGUCCAGCGAUGACGAGUUCAUCAUCAAAACAGUUCAGCACAAGGAGGCUGAGUUCCUGCAGAAGCUGCUACCUGGCUACUACAUGAACUUGAACCAGAACCCCAGGACGCUGCUGCCCAAGUUCUACGGCCUGUACUGYGUCCAGGCCGGGGGCAAGAACAUCCGCAUCGUCGUGAUGAACAACCUGCUGCCCCGCUCGGUGAAGAUGCACCUCAAAUACGACCUGAAGGGCUCCACCUACAAGCGCCGAGCGUCCCAGAAGGAGCGGGAGAAGGUCUUCCCCACCUACAAGGACCUGGAUUUCAUGCAGGACAUCCCCGACGGCCUGUUCUUAGACUCCGACAUGUACAGCGCUUUGUGCAAAACGUUACAGAGGGACUGCUUGGUCCUGCAGAGCUUCAAAAUCAUGGAUUACAGCUUGCUCGUGGCCAUCCACAACAUGGACCAGGCGCAGAGGGAGCACGCGCUGGCCGACGGGACGUCCCAGACGGACACGCGCCGCCCGGCCGCCCAGAAGGCCCUCUAUUCCACGGCCAUGGAAUCCAUCCAAGGAGAAGCUCGGCGAGGUGGCACCAUAGAAACGGACGACCAAAUGGGAGGUAUUCCGGCCCGCAACGCCAAAGGGGAGAGGCUGCUCCUCUACAUCGGCAUCAUUGACGUGUUGCAGUCAUAUAGAUUUAUCAAGAAGUUGGAGCACUCCUGGAAAGCCCUUGUGCAUGAUGGAGACACUGUGUCCGUGCACAGGCCCAGCUUCUAUGCUGAGCGKUUCCAGCGGUUCAUGUGCAACACGGCGUUCAAGAAAAUACCACUGAAGCCUUCUCCCUCCAAGAAGAGCCGGUCGGGCACGGCGGUGCCGCGGCGGAGCUGCCAAGGAGGAGCGCUCUCCCUGUCCCACGUGUCCUAUGACACGAAAGCACAAGUCACAACGGAGGUGGAUGUGGAGCAAGGUUCCCACCUCGGUCGUCCAGAUCUCCUGCCCAGGACACUGCCAGUGGAUGAAGCCAACAGUGAUUCCGUCGCGACCACCCUGUCCACCUCUUCCUUGGGCAGCGGAGGCCUCAACUCGCCCGCCAACAGGUCAGUGGGCGUCCAAGUGCAUAAAGCUGACAGCUCAGCAAAGGAUUUGCCUAGAACAGCUCCUGGCCUCGUCUUGCCUAGCGGAUCCCCGGGACCUUCCAUCCCAGAGCGCUCCUCAGAACUGAGGGAACAGCUGGAAGACCUGCAGGAAACGGAGAUAAGCUUUUGAAGUGACACCGAGACGGUCGGGAUGGAAGCAGCUUGUUCCRCGCUCCGCGGGGUCUGCGGAGCCUGACAAACACUCAGCCCCCGUUGCUGAUUUAUUUUAUUUUAUUAGCAAUCUUUACCCUGGACAGAAGCCCGGAAGGCUGGGCUCCGCUUAGUGGGAUGGUGUUAACAAAGACGGAGUCUUGAACGCCUGGAAAAUCUCCUUACGGCAGAACCCGCGAGGUGGGACCGCAUCCGGGCUGUCCUCCUUUCUCUAAAGCCUGGUGGGAGCAAAGCAGGCRGCCGAGAGGAGGAGGAAGGUUCUCCAGGAAUGGGAGCGAUCGGAUUUUCUGGGAUUUUAUCCGCUCGCGAUGCCAGCAUCGCAAACCUGGCCGGAACAGGCAACUCUCCGGAGACCUGGGAGGGGAAAAAGGGCAUUAAAGCCUUGUUGGGGCAGUUUGCGACAGAGCAACGUGGGUUUCAUUUUGUAUUUUGAAACACGUUUUUAAUUUAAAUGUGCGCUUGAAUUUGGUUAUAUCAACUUUAUAGUCCU